UUUCUGAAAAGAUUUUAACCUCAAUAUUUUGAUGUCAACUUCGCACAAUCGCAGUAAAGUUAACUACCAAAAUAAGAUUUAUUUUAAUCAUGUAUAAACGUCCUCAACCAGGAGAGAAUGAUGAAGAUAUUAUUAAACUACAAAAAGAGUUUUAUGAAAAUAAAGUAUCACAAAAUAUUCAACCAGCAGCAAAGUUUUCUGCAGUAAAUCCACACGUCCCACCACCAGAAGUAGAUCAAAACGAUGAACCCCCACAACUAUCCAAUACGUUUGAAGAAAUACCAAGCUUUCCCAAUAUUGGAAAUAUUGUAGAAAACCCAGAACAGAAAUUGCAACUUUUCGAACCCAAGUUUUUACAAAAAUCAGGAUUUCCUGCUGCGAAAAGAAGAGAUACCUCUUUAAAAUCUGCUAAAGGUAGUAUAUUUUCGCAACAAAUCAAAAAAAUUAAAGUAGAAAAUGCCAGUACAUCUAAACCUAUAGAUAUUCAAAAAGCUUUACCUGGUGAAAGUUUUGUAUUAACUGGAGAAGAUAAAGAUACCAUACACCAAGAAAAUGUUAAUAUCAUAAGUCAAAUGACACAAGAAGAAAUCAUAGAAGAACGUGAUCGAUUACUAGCAACAAUGGAUCCAGCAAUUGUGACUUAUUUAAAAACAAGACGACAAAAAGCUAUCAAAAAGGAAGCAAUAGAAAAAGUUGGUGUCAUUGAAGAACAGAAACGUGCUGCUGAAAACAUAAAAAUGGAUGAUAUAGAAGCAAUUUCUGAUAUUUUAACACAACCGAAAGCUGAAAAGUGGAUUCAUUUUGAUAGAAUGGAAACUUCAAAAUUGGCUUGGAUGAAAGAUAUUGAUAUAAACAUGGAAAAAAGUAUCGCUGGGUAUGAAGCCAGGUUUGAUUUUAACGGAUUUUUAUGCCCAUUUGAAGAAAAAGAAAUAAAUGAAAAAAAUCGAGCUUUGUAUCAUCAUGGUGAAGAACCAAAUCGACCUGGAUAUACUUUACAAGAAUUAUUCCAAUUAUCCAGGUCAAAUAUAACACAACAAAAAAUAACUGCUUUAAAUUCAAUAGCAAACUUAUUAUCAUUAGAGUCAUCAGGAAUAUAUGAUGGUAUUGUAGAUAUCCCAAUCGAACAAAUAUUUUUUGUUCUACGAUUUUGUUUUGAUGAUAACAGUCCUUUUGUUUUAAACGCCGCGGUUAAAGCAUUAAGAAAUUUAUUUUAUUAUCCAAUAGACGAAGCAAGUUUAGAUAGUUUGCUUGGUUUUUGUAUUGGAAAUGUUCAACCAACUUUAUGUUCAGAAGAAGAUAUUGAAGACGAUGAAACCGUGAAUGAUCAACAGUUAGCUGAAACAAAUUUGGUUAAAUGUUUAGCACGUACUGAAAUAUUAACCAGAAUAAAGUACAUAAUAAAUACUGUUAAACCACCAAUUGAAACAAUUUCUUAUGUUUUGGAAAUAUUGAUUAGAUUAAGUAGAGAUUCAAUGAGAAUUGCUAAGAAAGUUUUUGGUGAUGAUGAUUUAAUAGGGUGUAUUUUGCAACAUUUUGUACCGAAAGUUUAUAAAGAAAAUCUCUCAAAUUUAAAUUAUGGGGUUCCAAUGAAACAAGCUGUUAAAUUAUGUAGAAUAUUAUCUGGUAGAAGUAGAGAUAUUGCGGAAAAAUUUGUUAACAAAUACAAUAUUAUGGAUUCAAUAAUAAUGUAUAUAUCAAAUCAACAUUUUUCUGCAAAUACAAUAGGUGUACAACUUCAAACAGAAUGUUUACAUUUUUGGGCAAUUUUAAUAUCUUAUAAUUUUACAUAUGAACAUUUUACGUUAAUCGAACCAAUUCUUCUACAAACAAUUAAUUUUCAUUAUAACAACACAGAUUUAAACACAUCCUCUUACUCAAUGCAAGGACAUUUUGGGGCAAUCAUAAAUUUGUUAACUUGUGUUGCAAAGCAACAAUUUUCCUUGAUUUUGCCUUACCUACAAUUGAUUAAUUUGUGUUUAGAAAAAUAUAUUCACCAAUUUUGUUCUUUAAAUAACUUUUUGUGUGGUAAAUUAAUAAUAAUUUCUUCAUUAUUACAAUUUACAAGCUCAAUCAUUUAUCAUAAAUCAAUUGUAAACGGUGAAAAAAUUAAUUAUUUAAUCAAAAAUGUAUUAAGUUCUGAAGGAUUUCAAGUGGUAACAUCAAAAAUAAGAUCUGGUUCUAAUAUUUUAACAUCACACGAAACACACAAACCAUCAAAAAAUUUAAUUUCAGUUGAAUCUUCAGUUUGGAACGCUUCAGAACAUAUUGUUCCUGUUUUACAAACAAAUAGUUGUAUUCCAUUUUUAAAUUGUUUAUCAAGUUUUAUUAAGAAUACCGAUGAUAAAGAGUUGAAAUUACAAUAUCUAAAUCAUAAUAAUAAUUUAACAUCGAACUGGUUCACAAAAAUUGAAAGUGAAUUAAUUAUGAAUUUAUUAAAAAUAUCUUAUGAUAUUCAUCAAAUGUUAGAUACUUCAACACAUUAUGUUAUAGCAGUGAGAUGUUUAUGUAUAUUUAAUUCUCAACAAAAAGAAGAUAUAGAAUUUUUGUUUAAAAAUAUUAUUUUUAAUAAAAAUUAUUAUCCUGGAGAUAUAUUAUUAAAAAAUCUUAACAUCGCCGAACAAGAACCAUUUGUUAAUGAAUGUUUAAAUUAUUUGGAUCAAAUUUUUGAAACGUACAUAGAAGUAUUAGGAUUAAGAAAUGAAAUUAAGAAAAAUAAUUUCUCAAUAGAUGUUAAGAUAGGAAAUGUUAUUCCAUUAGAUUGGAUUUAUAGCCCAAUAAUAGUUUUAUACGCCAAUAGUCAAAAAAAUGAAAUUACCUUAUCCGAAGAUAAAAUGGUUUUUAUUAUUUGCAACUGCCUAAGAUGGGUUUUUAUUUAUGAAACAUACUUUUCUGAUCUCUCUUUAAUGAUUAAUCCAACUGAUAAAUUCUGCCGAUUAGCUUGUGUUUUUCUAACGAGUGACGAUGUAUUUUUUGUACCAGAAGUGCACGAUAUAUUAGAAAAAAAUUUAAAGCUUUUUAUAAAAUCUAAUUUGGAUGAUUUAGAUUUCAAAAAAUCCGUGCAUGGUUUAAGCGAUUUCCAGGAUUUAUACAAACAAUUGUUGGAACAAUAUCAAGGUGUUAGUUAUGGAGAUAAUCUUUUUAGUAAUUUCAUUUUAAUUCCAUUGAUGCAAAGAGCUAAUUUGCAAUAUAGAAAAACAUUUUGGUCUGAAUACAGUGGUAUUACACAAAUAUGUAGAAUUACUACAGAAAAUUUGAUGUGCUCUAUUAAAAUAUUUUUGGAACCAUCCGAGACGGAUAUUUCUUUAUUAAAAUGUUAUAGAAAGUUUAUAUUAGGUAGAGCAGUACCGGAUGAUAGAGUUUUAAAAAUUAUCUCAAAAUAUCAUCUGGAUACUUUUGUAACAAAUAAACGUGAACAGAAAAUGUCACAAAACUAAAAUAUAUACUAUUUUUUAACAAUUUAA